UAGCCCAUUUGUUAACUGGUUAAAUUCGAGAAACCUUUCAUAAUUCUUCUACUAAAGUUACUUAAAAUUUUUUUAAAUCAAUAGAUAUUUUUCAUUGUUUUAUAAGAUAAAAUUUAAUAAAUAACAUAAGUCGAAAAAAUCAUGUUUGUUGUUCAAAGAUCUAACCGUUUAUGUUCAACUGUAAUUAGAUUUGCAAGAAUGAGCUCUGGAAAUUUGGGAGAUGGUGCUGGUAAAGGUGGUGGUGGUGGCGGAAGCAUUCGCGAAGCUGGUGGUUCUUUCGGGAGAAUGGAAGCUGCCAGAGAAGAAGAGUACUUUUAUAAAAAACAAAAAGAACAAUUAAAUAAACUUAAAAGCGAACAAAUUCACCAAAAAGACUUCCAUGAGCAACAAAUCAGAGAACAUGAGGAAGCUAUUCGCCGUCAUAAGGAGUAUUUGAAGAAUAUUAAAUAAACGUCGGAAUUUAUUGCUUUUAAUUUUUCAGAUAACGCGGCAUUUAGUUUUCGCUUUUAACAGAAUUAUCAAAUCUGCAUCUUUAGAAUUAUAAAUUAGUUUAUUUUUUUAUUUCACUCAAUUAGAUUUAUCGUAACUCAUAAAAUAUUGUUUGAUUUUAACUUUUUCCUUCAUUUUGUAAGCUGUGUUUUGUAAAUGAAAAGCGAUUAAAUGUCUUAAUAAAAAUGAACUACCUAUGAAAUGAUAAUACUUGUGCUAUAGGUACAAGAUAGAUAAUUAAACUGAAAUGAAAUAUGUCUAA